AUGGACGCUCAACUCUUAGCUCAGGAAAUUAACUUACUCCCGACCACGUCCAGUCCAAGCAUUCCUGAAGAUAUAAGGCAAAUCAUCGUACCUACUAAACAGGAAGCGGCAAGGAUCUUAUCAAUCUUCCAAACCUCAUGUCAAGAUAUUCCAAGCAAUACAAACAUGUUUGAUGGAAAUCCUGUUGCACAGAAAUACUCAUUCCUGUAUUCACUCGGUCCGCAAUUCGACGAGGACGAAUCGUUCGGUCGUCCCAGGGGUGGUGGCGGAAACCAUCAGACGGAAAGUCAAGCCGGAUGUGAAAUUUGGGUUAGUCCAAGUGAAGGUGAAAUUCAAAGUGUCAUGGGCUACAAACUUCCUAGGAAGCAAUAUCCCUCCGAGGAUUUGAGAUUGGGAUAUGCCGAAAGAUCAUGGAACUUCCUUCCUAAGGAUAAACAAGAAUGGUACGAUAAAGAGUAUCACCCAGCAUGGAAUGCUGUGGAAGAUUCCCUCGAGAUCAAAGUCGAUCAAUCAAUUGACCUCCAAUAUCUUUACACAGACCCUUCAAGUCGAAGUCAAGGUCAUGGAUGCAGAUUGGUAGAAAAACUCAAAGAAAUUUCGGAGGAAAGUGGAUGUCCAAUUUGGCUAGGUGCGCAUAAUGAAGGUGCGAGGAGGUUCUACAGUGAUAAAGCGGGCUUUAAACGAGGAUCAACAGUUGACAUGAAGCUGAAUGAUGGGAAAUCAACUGGUAUUACUGCUUUUACCUAUAUUCCCACUACUUACAAUCCUUCAGAAGAUACAGCCAACGACGGUCCCAUCGAGGAGCCAUUAUGGGCUGAAGAUAUCUUAUUAGUGCCUGAACCUGAAGACUGA